AUGUUUAUUUCUUCUCGAUACUUUUACUUCAUUUCAGCACCACCAUUACGUGCGAGUGCGAUUGAAAUUCAACCGAAUGAAAAAUGGAUAAAGCAUGGUCUCACUAUCGCUGGAGGAAAUGGACAAGGCAGUGGAAUCAAUCAGUUCCAUUGGCCAUGGGGUUUGUAUGUCGAUGAUGAUCAAACUACUUAUGUCGUUGAUCAGGAUAAUCACCGCAUUGUGCAAUGGAAAUGUGAUGGAACGAAUAUCCAAGUUGUUGCCGGUGGAAAUGGAAGUGGAAAUGGAGCUCAUCAGUUAAGUUACCCAUUUGAUGUGAUUAUUGACAAAGAGAGAGAUAGUCUCAUUAUAUCCGAUUAUUCGAAUAAAAGAGUAGUUCGUUGGCCUCGUCGAAAUGGUACUAGUGGAGAAACUAUCAUCUCAAACAUCUGUUGUAUAGGUUUGACAAUGGAUGAGAAUGGAUCUCUCUAUGUCGUUGACAAUGAAAAACAUGAAGUUAGACGAUAUGGAAUUGGUGAUACUGAAGGAACAGUGGUUGCAGGUGGCAAUAGACAAGGAAAUCAUCUUGAUCAACUCUCCAAUCCCCGCUACGUAUUUGUCGAUCAAGAUCAUUCAGUGUACGUAUCCGAGGAGAGAAAUAAUCGUGUAAUGAAAUGGGAAGAAGGUGGAAAACAAGGUAUUGUCGUAGCUGGUGGUCAAGGACAAGGAAAUGGUCUUAACCAACUGAGUCGUCCUUUUGGAGUCGUUGUCGAUCAAUUGGGUACUGUCUAUGUGGCUGAUUACGGAAAUCAUCGAGUCAUGCGUUGGCCAAAAGGUGCCUCACAGGGAAGUGUCAUAGCUGGUGGAAACGGUUCAGGAGCACAGUCGAAUCAACUCAGUUGUCCUAUUGGUUUAUCAUUUGAUCGACAUGGCAAUCUCUAUGUCGUCGAUCAGAACCAACAUCGAGUACAGAAAUUUAAUAUCGAAUGA